AUGUCGCACGCCCCACCGCUUCCGACAGCAGCAGCCGCACCACGCAAGAGCGCAAGCCACCGCCUCCCGCCCCUCGUCGAACCCUUCGUCUCCCCCAAAGCCCGGCAAUACCUCGACACGAUCGCCCGCUGGGUCGACGAGGAAUGCAUCCCCAGCGAUGCGGUCUACCGAGCCCAGCUGGGCCACGGCGACGAACGCUGGGAAGGCCAUCCGUCCGUCCUGGACGAUCUGAAAAAGCGGGCGCGCGAGCUGGGGUUGUGGAAUAUGUUCCUGCCCAAGAACCAUUAUAGCAAUCUCGCGGCGUAUGACCGCUACGGGGGUGCCGGGGGGUUUUCGAAUGUGGAAUAUGGGUUGAUGGCGGAGUUGUUGGGCAGGAGUGGGGUGGCGAGUGAGGCGUGUAAUUGCGCGGCGCCGGAUACGGGGAAUAUGGAAGUGCUUGCGAGGUAUGGGACGGAAGAGCAGAAGGAGCGAUGGUUAAGGCCGUUGGUAUGUACCAUGCAUGCAUGAUCGGAGAGGGAGAUGGGGGGUGGGGGGGGGGGAAGGGGCUUGAACUGACGAGUGCUCUCAUAGCUGGCGGGAGAGAUUCGAUCGGGUUUCCUCAUGACGGAGCCCGACAAGGCGAGCAGUGACGGGAGUAACAUCAGUCUGAGUAUCCGUCAAGAAGGCAAUGAGCUCGUGCUCAACGGCAGCAAAUGGUGGAGUUCGGGCGCCGGCGACGACAGGUGCAAGAUCUUCAUCGUCAUGGGUUUGAGCGACCCGGACAGCCAAGACCGGUACAAGAGACAGAGCAUGGUUUUGGUGCCCAGUGAUACCAAAGGCCUGGUGGUGCAUCGCAUGCUGAGCGUCUAUGGCUACGACGAGUACGCCGCCCUCCGAUUCCUCGCGCCCCUCUCGAGACAAGGUUACUGAUUAUGUUAUGGACAGUGCGCCUCACGGACACGGACACAUCACAUUCGACAACGUCCGUGUGCCGCUUUCGAACCUCAUCUUCGGCUUCGGCCGAGGCAACGAGAUCAUGCAAGGCCGUCUGGGGCCUGGACGUGUAAGUGGCCCGAUCAACCCCAAAUCAUAUAUAUGAGAGAAGCACUGACAGCCACCCAGAUCCACCACGCCAUGCGCUCCCUCGGCGCCGCAGAAUGCGCCCUCGAACACCUAAUCGCCCGCCUCAACGACUCGCGCAAGCAAACCUUCGGCAAGCCCCUCCGCGAACACGGCGUCCUGCUCGAAUGGGUCGCCAAAUCCCGCGUGGAAAUCGACGCCGCGCGCCUGAUAGUCCUCAACGCCGCGCUCAAAAUCGACCAAGGCGACGCGAAAUCCGCCCUCGUCGAAAUCGCCCAGGCCAAAAUCCUCGUGCCCCAGACUGCCUUGAACGUCAUCGAUCGCGCCGUGCAGGCCCACGGGGCCAUGGGCGUGUGCCAGGAUACGCCGCUCGCGAGUAUGUGGGCGCAUAUCCGGACGAUAAGAAUUGCGGAUGGCCCGGAUGAGGUUCAUUUGAAUCAGAUGGGACGGCGGGAGACGAGGGCAAGGGCGCAGGAGUGCAGGGGGAGGCUGGAGGCGCAGAAGGAGAGCAUCGAGGCCAUGUUGAAGCAAUAUGGGGUGCAGGACAAGCAGUUGGGUGGGAACAAGGUGAAGGGAUUUGCUGGGUAUGAGAAGGCGAGAUUGUAG